GGCUCUCCCCUCUUUUCCAGAGACCCUAUCUCUGGCAUCACCUGUGGCCCUGGAAUUUCUUCUGUUAUCAGCACGCCUAUCCCCCUCCCCACGCCGGUCCCUCCCCCUUCCUCACCCCCACAGGUUUCUCUGAGCUUGGGGAGAUGUUCUUUUGAACCUUGUUCUCCCCUCCUUGGAAGGCCCUACUGCCAAGAAACUGUUCUUUCGGGUUCAGCCCCUCCAAGCCCUUGUUUUGACCGGUGCAGCCUUCUGAGGCCAUGCCCUCUCUGUCCGCGGGGUCCUUACUGCAGCUGCAUCAAUCCCUCAAGACCCCUAUGUUCCUGUCCAUCAAAACCUUGUGACCAGAACACUUACCUUUGCUCCUGUUACCCUUCAGCCCUGGUAGCCGGCCCUGGGACUUGCCCUCCGCUUUCUCAUGUACACUUGGAAACUGAUCCCAUGAUUUCAUCUCUUUUUACUGAUAAGUCCACCAGAACUGGUCCUAUGAUUUCACCUUCCAUUCCUCAUGGGUCCCAGGGAAAUUGCCCCAUAAUUUCACCUCCCCUUACUCACCACUCCAUGGAAACUAGACCUAUACUUACCCCACCCCUUUCUCACAGGGUUCAGGAAACUGGGCAGACGGUUUCCACUCUGCUCUCUCCAUGGUCCUCCCGGAGAAGUUAUAAUGAUCCUCCUCUUUCCCCAGCAUCUUCCCCACCUUCUAGCAGCUUUCGCCAUGGCUGCCUUAAGUCUCCAGACCCUUGUGACCCUAAACCACAGCUUGAUCUGCCCCUUGGGAAAAAUUGUGGCUCCCCACUUUCUUGUCGGGCACGAACAUCUCAGGAGGGCUCUUAUCACUGUUCCCAUCUCCCUUCCCCAGAAGCCCACAGAUCUGCUCCUGGGAGCCCUUGUGCUAUACGCCUACUCCCUCAGUCAUCCUAGAAGUUCCAUUAUGGUUCAUACCUCAAAGUUUUUGUGAGCACUACUCACCUUCUUGGGGUCUGAGAACUCUGCUUAAGUGCCCCUCAACCCUGUGAAUCUGAGCAUUAUGGUGUCAGUCACUGCAUGACCUUAGGCUGCCACAGAGCCCAAAUUGCCUGCCACUCAACUGGCUUUGCAGAAUUUUGACAUGACCUACAGUGUGCAGUUUGGGGAUCUUUGGCCAUCAAUCCGGGUCAGUCUCCUCUCAGAGCAGAAGUAUGGUGCGCUGGUCAAUAACUUUGCCACCUGGGAUCAUGUCUGUGCUGAGCUGGAGCAGCUGAAUGCCAGGGACUUUGUGAAUGAAACCAUCUCCCAUGGGGAACAGGAACCUGAAGGGGGCCAGACUGCGCCUCUGUUCUCUUCCUCUUGGGCCUACAGUCCUAACCUUCGAUGCUUCACUUUCGCCAGAGGGGAUGUCAGCCGCUUUCCUCCUGCCAGGGUUGGCAGUCUGGGUGUCAUGGACUACUACCUGAUGGAUGCUGCUUCCUUAUUACCUGUCUUGGCCCUUGGCCUGCAGCCUGGUGACACUGUGCUUGACCUCUGUGCAGCCCCUGGAGGAAAGACACUAGCUCUGCUGCAGACUGGCUGUUGCCGCAAUCUUGCUGCCAAUGAUCUCUCCACUUCCCGAACUGGCAGACUACAGAAGAUCCUUCACAGCUAUGUGCCGCAAGAUAUUAGAGAUGGGAAUCGAGUUCGAGUUACCUCAUGGGAUGGCAGGAAGUGGGGAGAACUGGAGGGGGACACCUAUGACCGGGUGCUGGUGGAUGUGCCCUGUACUACAGACCGCCACUCCCUUCAUGAAGAGGAGAACAACAUCUUUCAGAGGUCCAGGAAGAAGGAGCGUCAGAUGUUGCCUAUGCUGCAGGUGCAGCUUCUUGCGGCUGGACUUCUUGCCACCAAGCCAGGAGGCCACGUUGUCUAUUCUACCUGUUCACUCUCACACUUACAGAACGAGUAUGUGGUGCAAGGUGCCAUCGAGCUCCUGGCCAAUCAAUACAGCAUCAAGGUUCAGGUUGAAGACCUGACUCACUUCCGAAAGCAUUUUAUGGAUACAUUCUCUUUCUUCCCAUCCUGCCAAGUUGGGGAGAUGGUAAUCCCAAAUCUCAUGGCCAAUUUUGGGCCUAUGUACUUUUGCAAAAUGUGUAGACUGACAUAGCAUCACCCUGUCCUUGGAGCCCUGAUGUAGGGGAGACACAGGGCGUACUCCUGUGGAGGUACCAGAAAUUGAAACCAGUGGCAAAGAUGCACUCUGGGUUUUAUCUUCAUCAUAUGCAAAUCAUUCUAUAGACAGUUUUCAGCCAUAGGAAGUAGGUAUUUUUUGGUCCUGCUGUCCAUUUGUGGAGCAACAGCAGGUUUCUAACUUAGUUUGCUUCCUCCCCCGUCUCCAAGCCUGUGCUUAAGGUUCCUGGGCCAUUAGGGGCUUAGGAAGAAGAGCCAGUUAGCUGGCCACAGAGCACACUUUAAGCUGUAAAAUUGGGAAGAAGCAUUCAGCCAAUAAAAUUGUUGAAGCUCCAUAGAGCUGGGGCUGUAGUUGGGGACCUCAUGUCAGUCCAAGUAUUAUUAGUUUCAUUUGUACCAGCUACUGCCACUGAACACUAGCUCCCAGGUGCCCGAAGCUCAGGAUAGCCUGGGUGCAAAGCCCCUGUCUUGAGAUGAGUUCUGUGUGAUCUGUGGGCCCAAACAAGCAUACCUACUUUCUCCAUAUGCCCCAUGAUCUAAUUUAAGGAACAAGUAACUAAAGGUGUCAAGCCAAUGCAUACUAAUCUCCUUAAUGUUGAGAAAGCUCUUGAGCUAAAUAAUUACAGCCAUUCCUCCUGCUGUCAACAGCACUGUUGCCAUGUGGCUGGGGAAGCUGUUUCGCCAUAGGACUGUGUUACUUUUUUAUGUUUUUUUCUCAUUGUUUAUUCUUCUAUCAGGUCUCCUCGAGCUCCUGCAUGGCAGUUAGCCAGGGAGCUGCUGGAGAUGGGGCAGAUGGAUAUAAAAAGGCUUCCUCAUCCUUUGGAAUGGCAAAGGAUUUGCCAUUUGCCAUUUGCUUUCUGAGCACCUGGGAAUCUCCUGUGUCUUGUUUUGUUGUAGUCUGUUUUGUUUUUUUUCCCCCCUUUGUUCCUGUUCUGUGGCUGAGCUCUGGUGCCAGUUCUUUGGCCCACUCCCAAAUCCCUCAUAGCUCUUCCCUGAAGUCACACAGGGCCUCACCUCACAUAAUGUGUUUGGGGGCAACAUUACAUCAUUUACCUACUAUGUGCUAGUUAUGUUGUAUUAUAACUCUAGCACAAAGAAGGCAAUCCUUUAAUGGCAAGGAUAUUAAAAAUCUCUCAUAGUCACUUGCAGAUAUUGCUUUAUUUCAUUAAAAAUUUUUUUUUGAAAAAUUGGUUCUUGUGCAGAAAAGGGUACAUAAUUUUAAAAUACUUGUGUUCUUUCCUCUUAGCCCCCCUCUUCUUCUGUCACUCCCUUUGUUCUUUAUGCCCUUUUUGUUAAUCUUUAUUUGGGUAUUAGAGGUGUCAGCUGAGAAGGAUUUUAGAUGAGGUUAAGCUUCUCCUUUGUUGGGGUUUGCAUUAUAACUGAGGGCCCUAGAACACCUUCCAGACUCAAAAUUGAGUGAACCUAGGAAGAAAGAGCUCUAGGAAGUGAGAUUCUAAUUAGUCUCCAUGUAUAGUAUAUGGUUCCUGCCUGCUGUUCUGCACUUAGUAUUUGCUGAGUCUGGGAGCCCUCAGGUGCCUGGGCUUCUACCCUUGGCCUCCUGGGUAUCCAGUCUGGUACUAAUUGAAUGCUAAACAGUGAUAAUUUAAGAGGAUAGGGUCUCCUGCCUCUGGGGUCCAGUCUAAUUGGGGACAGACAGACCCAGGUAAAAAAAGCAAAGAACUACUUCUAUAAUUAAACAUUUACCUAUCCUGCAAUCCAGUUAUUACACUACUAGGAAUAAAUCCAAGAGAAACUAAUACAUGUACACCAGUGAGCACCUGCAGUCCUGUUCACAAAAGCAAACCAAAAUGCCCAUGAGCAAGAGAAUGGACAAAUAAAUUGGAAUAUUUGCACAAUGGAAUAUUACAUAGUUGUCAAACAAAUGAACCACAGUGACACAUAACAAUGUGUAUUAAUCUUCAUGUAAAAAAAAGGAAAAAGUUUAGUUUCAAAGAUGAAAUGCAGCAUGUUCUUUUAAAAAAAACUUCCUUUUGGGUCUCCCUGGUGGCGCAAGGGGUUAAGCACUACACUAUGAAGCAAUCCGCAGCUCUGCAGCACGAGUUCGAUCCCCAGCCGGCCAGGGUGAAACCCACAUGGCGCAGCAGACCUUUCCUGACUCGCCCGCUGCUCCCCUCAGCAGUGUACUUUGGUCAAUCUGCCUGUUCUGCUCCUCACUCUAUCUCUUGUGAAUUCUCUCACCCUCCCACAUCUCUAGCCAGUACCCCAGCUCUUGUAUGCAUAAAUAAAUCUUUUUAAAAAAAUAAAAAUAAAAAAACUUCCUUUUUAUCUAGAUACAAUAUAAUUUAAAUUUUUAAACAUAAUGAAUUCUGACAAUUUGUUUGUGAUAGUGUAAACAUCAUCACUAUCAAAAUACAGAAAAUAAUUCCAUCUCCUAAAAAAUUUCCUUAUGUUCUUUUGCUCUAAAUCCCCUGCCCCACCUUUGUCCCAGGUAAUCAUUGAUCUGCCUUCUGUCACUAUAGUUUUGCCUAUUCUAGAAUUUUGUGUUGUGGAGAAUAGAGUUGCUUUAUAGCUGGAUUGCAAAACCUCUAUCUUUAUUGGGAUGUCUGGUUUUUUGCCCUUGACAAAGGUAAGAACAUUGGGAUUUCUAAUGUGCCAUUUAAAGUCUAAAGCUUCCCAGAUGACUCCCGUGGUCAUUGUCUUUACUCUGAUCGUUUACAACUGCCUAACUGAUUACAGUUGUUUGGCUUGAUUACAUGGCCAGGGUAGCAUAAAAACCCUGCUGGGAACUUAUAAUUUGAGCUCUCCCAAGUAAAGAUUCCUCACACAGAUCAUGGUGAUUCUAUCCAAAGAUAGAUGACUGCUCCAUAUCCUUGUUAGCACUUGGUAUUUUAACUUUCAAAUUUUAUCCUUGUGGGUGUGUCUUGGUGGUUUUCAUUGGCGUUUCUUUUUUUUUUUUUUUUAAAGAUUUAUUUAUUUAUUUAUACAAGCACUGGGUACAGUCAGAAUCGCAGGAGGGUGAGAGGAUUCACCAGAGCCACAGCAGGGAACAGAACAGGCAGAGUGACGAAGUACACUGCUGAGGGGAGCAGUGGGCAUGGCAGGAGAGGUCUGCGCGCCAUGUGGGACCCUUGCCCGGCAGCAGGGGAUCGAACCGGCGCUGCAGAGGCUGCGGGCAGCUUCGCAGCCCAGCACUCAACCGCUGAUGCGCCACCAGGGGAGGCCCCCAUUGGUGUUUCUUGAUGACUGGUGUUAUAAAGGUAAAUACAACUAACAAAGACCUUUUUUUUAAAGAUUUAUUUUAUUUAUGCAUACAAGAGCAGGGGUGUAGGCCAGAGGUGCAGUGGAUGAGAGGAUUCACCAGAGACAGAGUGGGAAGCGAAACAGGCACACUGAAAUACACUGCUAAAGGGAGCAGCAAGCAAGACAGGAGAGGUCUGCUGCACCAUUUGGGUUCCUUGGCUGAGGAUCGAACUUGUGCUGUCGUGGCUGCUGAUAGCUUGAUAGUGUUGAGACUUAACCCCUUGCGCCACCAGGGAGGCCCAAGGAGAAAGACAUUUUAAAAGAACAAAUAUGCAGUAAAACCACGUAGAAAGGAAAGAAUGAGCUCUCUGUGGGAUGCAGGAUAGUGAUUUCCACAUGUGGGGUGAUAGAAUGGGCUAGAGGGAAUAUAGUUAGAUUAGGUUAUUGUCAAGUUUCUAGCUUUCAAUGUUUAGUAUCCCAGCCUGAUGCUCCCCUCCCUGAUGCUUCUGUGCCAUGACACAUGGUGUUUUGUUUUUUUUUUUAAAAGAUUUAUUUAUUUAUACAAGAACCAGGGUAAAGGCCAGAUGCACGGGAGGGUGAGAGGAUUCACCAGAGCUAGAGCAGGGAACAGAACAAGCAGACUGACGAAAAAUACACUGCUGAGGGGAGCUGUGGGCGAGAUAGGAGAGGUCUGCCACGCCAUGUGGGAUUCUCGCCAGCCAGCUGGGAUUGAACCUGUGCUUCAGAGGCUGCGGACAGAUUCACAGGGUGGCGCUCAACCGCCCGCGCCAUCAGGGAGGCCCGACACAUGGUCUUUUCUAUCUGAAUGCCCUUUUCUCUCUGUUCUUGAUAGCCCAAAUUUCUAAGCACUCCGAGAACCUUGUCCUGACCCCUCUACAAUGGACUGAUUUGUUCUUCUAUGCUUCCCCAGCCCUCAGAAUACACGGUGAAUAUAGCACUUACUAUUUUUCUCUUUUUUAAAGAUCUAUUUAUUCAUGCAUACAAGAACCAGGUACAGGCCAGAUGUGCGGGAGGGUGAGAGGAUUCACCAGAGACAAAGUGGGUAAUAGAACAGGCAGACAAACCGAAAUACACUGCUGAGGGGAGCAGCGGGCAAGACAGGAGAGGUCUGCGGCACCAUGUGGGUAUCUCCCCAGCUGGCCGGGAUUGAACCAGCACUGCAGAGGGUGCUGACAGCUUCACAGCGCUGCGCUCAAAUGCCUGCCCCAACAGGGAGGCCCUAUUUUUCUCUUUUCAUCCCAAACUGGGUAUUAUUUGGGACAGGAAGCUAGUAUUUAUUUAUGCAUACAAGAACUGGGGUACAGGCCAGAAAUGCAGGGGUGAGAGGAUUCAUCAGAGACAGAGUGGGGAACAGAACAGGCAAAUUGAAUGAAAUACACUGCUGAGGGGAGCAGUGGGUGAGGCAGGAGAGGUCUGCUGCGCCAUAUGGGUCACCUCCCUGGCAUGGGAUUGAACUCAUCCUUCAAUGCCUGCGGAUUGCUUCAUAGUGCUGACGCUUAACCCCCUGAGUCACCAGGGAGGCCCUAGUAUUUAUUUUUGCAUCCUUGAUACUUACUAGGUAGUCGGUACAUAUUGAGUAUCUCUUAUGUGCUAGAUCAAAACCUAGAGAGAGUGAUGAGCAGGAUAGAAAAGGUUUUUGUUUUCCUGGGUUGUACAAUCUAGUGAGUAAUGUAGACAUGUAGUAGCAAAUGAAUUACAAUUAAAUUUUGAGUGAGCAAAAUACUGAGAGAAUUAUGGAAUGCAUAAAUAUGGGGGACCUAAGGUAGCCUGGAGGAAAAGGAAGACUUAUAGAUCAGUGAAGCAGAAGGUGCUGGUGUUGACAUGUGGUGGGGCAGGGGACGGGAGGUGUUCUCACAGAGAAAUCACAACUGAAGCUCCUGAGGCAGAAAAGAGUAUAUUUCAGUAUUUCAGUGCCUGAAAGAGGUCUAAUAUGCUGCAGCACGGAGAAAUGGAUAUGGUUGUGAAAUAGGUUAGAGAAGCCAGCUGCACUGGAGUGGGUAUUUUAUCCUGAGUAAUUGGAAACCAUUGCAGGAGUUUUAAGCCAGAAUAUGAUCUGAUCAGAUUUCCAGAAGCCUCCCACUUGGAAUCUGAUUAUCAGUAGUAUUUGCUGAAUGAGGAAAUUAAAUAACUGGCUCAACAGAAAAUAUUUCUGAAGGUCAGUCUUAUUCUUCAGCUUACUCAGCCUUUAUCUCUGAGUAAACUGGUACAGCUGAACUCCAAGCUACUCAGGCCAUGCUUUGAAGAAAUGCUAGGAACUCAUUUGGAAAAUCAGGUGUGGUCUGAGGAGGGUGACCAGAAUGAAGAGGGAACUGAGAGUCCUAGUCUAAGAAGAAUUGGGAGAAUUGAGAAUAUUUUUUAAAGGUUUAUUUAUUUAUGCAUACAAGAACUGGGGUACAGGCCAGAGGUGUGGCAGGUGAGAGGAGUAACCAGAGACAGAGUGGGGAAUAAAACAGGAAGAUUGACUGAAAUACACGGCUGGGGGAAGCAGCAGACGAGUCAGGAGAGGUCUGCUGCGCCAUGUGGGUUGCUCCCUGGCGGGGGAUCGAACUCGUGCUGCAGUGGAUGCGGAUAGCUUCAUAGGUUGCCUCUUAACCCCUUGCACCACCAGGGAGGCCCAGAAUUGAGAAUAUUAAGCCAGAAAAGUGGAAGAUGUGGGCAAGAAAGAUGCCAUCUCUGAAAAUAGGACUCUUCUGAGGCAGAGGAAGCAGAUAUGUUUUGAGUGUCCCUGGGGACAGGGCCAGGUACGAUAGAAGUUAUAGUGAGCUAAAUUGCAAAUCAACAUAAGAAAACCUUUAAAUUAGUGUUUUCUGAACCAUGAUUUACAACCAUGAUUCAUUUGGGAUCAAGAAAUCAAUUUUGUGGGCAUGGUAAGCAUUGGGACUUACCAUAGAUAACUAGUUACUUUUCCUCCUGGUCACUUAGCAGAAUUGCCUUCCCUACUUCCUCUGCCAUUGGGCCUGACUGCAUGGCUUUUCUAUGAAAUAUUAGUGGAAGUGGUAUGUGUCAUUUCUGCAUGAAAGCUUUGAGAAUGAGAUUCAGAUUUACCAUGUCAUUCUGGCCGUAGUGAACAUGGAAACAUUUAUUGAGAUGGAACCUACUUCAGCCUGAGUGCCCAAGUGAUUGUAUUUGAGUAGCCCCCUGUGGACAUGCAGUAGACAUGUGGCAAGAGUGAAAAAUAACAGUUGUGUUAGGCCCCUGAGAGUUUGUAUUGUUAUUGAAGUCUAUCUAACUGAGUCUAUCUUGUCUGAUACAGCAAGAAUUGUACAGUUCCUCAUUUUUUGUGAAAGAAAAUGCCACCCGUAGUAGUGGUAAAUAUUUUGUGAAACAUUUGCUUUAGUGUGUGUGUAGAUAGACACAUUAUUAGGCUUCAAUUUAAAAUAGGUUUAGAGGCCUCCCUGGUGGCAUAGGGGUUAAAUCUCAGUGCUAUCCCUUAUCACCGUUGUGGCCUGAGAUUGAUCCUGGCCAGGGAGCUAACUCACAUGGUGCAGCAGACCUCUCCUGUCUCACCUGCUGCUCCCCUCAACAGUGUAUUUCGGUAGAUCCACCUGUUCUGCU